AUUUACGGUUGCCAAGGUAUUCGAAAUGUCAACAAGCAACCCACCCUCCCAUUACCAAGGUAACAAUCUCUAUGGAAACAGAAUGACGGCAUAAACUGACUUCUUGUUCAUUGUAAAGUUUUCGAAAAUUACUUCGAUGUCAACAGCGAGUGCUCGUCGCUUUUCGACUUCGUGUCGAAACAUGUGGAGUAUAUUGUUAAGCAUGUGAGCAGUGGUGAAGACUUGGCGAGUGUUUGGACCAAGCGUUACAUUGUAGCGUUCAAGGCCAAGUAUGGCGUAGAUCCUAGCCCGGUUAUGAUGCAAAAGAAACCAAAUUGGGGCUCGAUCGCCCUCGAUGCCUUAAAGAUCAAAAACCUUCCGUCUUUCCGACCAUCAGCAUCAUCUUUGGCUUCGGCUGGUUUGGAUGAAAAUAGUGCUCAGUCAGACUCGAACUCUAGUACCAAUACAGCAGCACCGGUGACCGAGGCAUUCUUCGGGUGCUGUUGUGGAAGAUGUGAUGUUGGAAUUUGGCCUCACCUGUACUCAGGAGCAGUAAGUUUGUCUAUUCAUCAUCAACAUUGAAAUCAUAACUGUAGUAAACACUCUACUCAUGUACAGCAUGUGAUAGUGCGGCUCAUUCCUUCAUACUUGACGUGAACGACCAAGUGUGGAUCAACUGGUUUCCUGACGAGAGGGACUUGAACGCCAUCGUUAACACCAAAAAGAAACGUUUGCCACCUAUCUGUGUAGAACUCAUAACAUAUCUGGACACAUUUGUCGGAAAA